CAUACCAUGAAUGUACUGGAAGGGAACACAUUUGUGUCAUGUGAAGAAACAUGACAAAAACAGCUCUCCUUAAAUUAUUUGUGGCAGUAGUGAUCACAUUCAUUUUAAUUUUGCCGGAAUAUUUCAAGACACUGAAAGCCUCUGAAAGUGCUGGAAUUACAGGUGUGAGCCACCACGCCCAGCUGAAGCACAGAUAAAUUCUUAGUGGAGGACAGAUGGGAGCCCCUUCUAUUGAAAGAACGUUGGAACUAUCAUGUCUGGAAGUGUGUUCACAAUCUAAUUUCACCUAUUCACUCUCCUCCUUAAAUUUUUCCUUUGCGACUUUUCUGCAACCAGUGAGGGAAACUCGGAUUAUCAUGAGAAUCUUUCUAAAUCCUUCCAAUUUUCAUAACUUCACCAGAACUUGCCAAGAUAUCACAGGUGAAUUUAAAAUGUGCUCCUUGUGUUUCAUUUGUGAGUCUAAAGGAAACAUGGAUUUUAUUUCUCAGGAACAAACAUCAAAAGUUCUUAUCAGGAGAGGAUCAAUGGAAGUGAAAGCAAAUGAUUUUCGUUCACCUUGUCAGCAUUUUAACUUCACUGUAGCUCCUCUAGUUGAUCACUUGGAGGAAUAUAACACUACUUGUCAUCUGAAAAACCACACUACAAGAUCAACAAUCAUGGAGGAAGAGCCCAGCAAGGAGAACUCUAUAACCCAUCCUUGUAGAAUCAUGGAAUACCCGAAUGAGUGUAUACACAUUUCUUUGCACCUAGAGAUGGAUAUAAAAAGUAUCACUUGUUCUAUAAAGAUCACUUGGUAUGUUUUAGUUCUAUUAGUUUUUAUAUUUUUGAUUGUCCUCAUUAUCUGCAAAACACUUGAAGGCCACAGAAGAGUGCAGAAGUGGCAGAGUCAUCAAGACAAACCUACAUCUGUUCUCUUAAGAGGAAGUGAUUCUGAGAAACUGAGAGCAUUGAAUGUGCAGGUCAUUUCAGCAGAGACCAUGCAGAGGCUACCCUUGAAUCAGAUCCAGGAAGUGCUUCCCCCAAUACCAGAACUAGAAGUUACUUUCACAGUGCAUCACAAAGAUCAAUAUACACGAAUAUCCCUGGGCAAUUUGGACUGAGCCCUUUGGAAGAAUACUCAUAAUUUUAUUCUGUGAAUAAGUAGACUGGAAAAUGUUUGGGUCCAGCUGAGGAUGCGCAGUUGGAAAGGAGGAGGAAUGCUGACUGGUUGGUGAAAACUAGCUCAAGAGCAUUCAUUUGACCCAUGAGAUCAAGGGAACAAGAGUUUUUGCAAGAAGCCAUUAUGAGUCAUGGAAAACAAGCUGAUGAAACACAUGGAAACAGCAAGAGAAUUCCUACUCUCUCUGUUUUUAAAAAAUCUGUCAUUAUACAGCACAGAACGGAGCCAACAUUUUAAUUUUGAGGAACCAAAAACAGGAUCAAGUAUGAAAACCCUUUCUUUUAUUGGCCCACAUUGUAAAUGCUGAUUUGAUAAUUUUUUCCUAUACAGGUGGAUUAUUUCUAUUUUACAGAUUAUUUAAGAGUGCCUGAGUUGUUUGUUUAUACGUUUGUUUGCAUUUAUGAAUCUUGCCACCUUUUGGCACCAGGAUGUUUUUAAAAAAUUCAAAGAUACCAAAAUAAAAUGAAUUUAAAUAAAAUACUUAAGUACUUUAAUAGCAAAA